GGCGGGCAACGGCAAAAUAGGCCUUUUUUUAGAUGUACUCUAGAUAGAUUUUUCUAGCUCUAGAUCUAGAUCUAGAUCUAGAUCUAGAUCUAGAAUAGUUGGAUUUCUAUAAUAUUCAAUUUUUAUUAUGCUAAAAUAAUACAAACUUCAAACUUAGAAGUAAGACAGUUGUUUUCUUCGGAAAAUGGUUGAAUUUCAUGUCUUGCAGUGUGCAGACUGUAAUACUUUUCAAGUCUUGCAAGUAACGAAAACUAACAAAUGGAAAUGCAAGUUGUGUGGCUCAAAACAGUCUGUUCGCAAGGUCUAUGGUCGAGGAACAGGAGCUGACUGCAGGCGCCACGUCCAGAAACUGAACACUGUGAGAGGUCAUGUAGACCAAGAACUCUGUGACCUCCGUUUGGAACGAGCGAAUAAUGCUACAGUAGACUCAGCAGAGUUUCAUGGCACUUCAGGCGAAUAUGAAUGGCCAAAAUCUGGAAAGAACGAACAGAUCAGUAAAUGGUCGCAGUUUGUGGAAUCUGGCAAAGAGGAAGACCUAGAGACAGAGGACCAGGGGAUUGAGGAGUACAGCGGCUCCACUGGUUUAGUGACCACUGACUGGACGGAACUUCAAGGUCACAGAAAACAACAGCUCGGCUUAAAGCGGAAAAGAAGUGGGCCUCCACAUGUCACAGCCAAGCAGCAGAAAAGCCAGCACUCUUUUGAAACAACUCCAACGUCUCGAGACUUUUGGCUCCCUCAGUCUUUUUCUCAAGUCACGGCAAAAGCGUCACAUGGAGGGUUGAUGUCUAAUCGCCGAGUGUGCUCGUCAGUUGGUCUUCAUACUGCUGUGAAAAGUGUGGGGAGUGUAUUUAACAGUUCUUUAGAACUUGGGGCGGACUGUGACGACAGUAGAGUGAGUCACUCGGCAACUGCUGUUCCAGAUGUGAUAGAACAGUCCAACGUUUCUAUUCGUGUACGUUCUUUAUGGGCUUUAGAAAAUGGUGGAUCCUCCCAGGGACUUGUAAAGCCGGUGCGUAACAACACCGUUAGCAUCAACAAAAAUAAUCUUUUAGAAUCAGAGCCUCAGAAAAAUAUUUCUACUUUUCACCCUAAAAAUGACUCUACCCCAUCAAAAUCUUCUGACAGUUUUGCCAAUUCUGCUAGCAGAGCCAGAGAUCCUACCUCACUAAAUACUUCAAGACAGUUUUCCACUGGCAAUGUAAAAAAUGGUAUCCCACUCAAUGCUUUAAAUCCUAUUUCAAAGAGUGGGAAAACAGAAAACAUUAAGAGUGUCACAGGAGGUAACUCAAAGCGCAAAGUACAGCAAGUAGCAGCGUCAUCUAAAUGGGGAGCAUUUCUGGAUGAGGACAACAGUGACGGUGACGACUCCGAUUGCAACUCUGACCUUGGGGAGGUCGACGGCGAGAACGGUGCUCUCUAUAUAAACGUCAAAGACCCGAAUCUUCUGUACAAAAAGAGUGGAUCCCACCUGCUUUCUCCUGCCGUGGAUGCUACCAAUCACCUCCAAGAAGACAGCAAUGACCCAUCUUUGAUUGAGACUCCAACUCUAGCACAGGUCUCUUUGCCGUGCAGCAAACAGCCUCCCUGGCUUUUGAAGGCUGUCACCGUCUCUGAGUCUGACCCGUCUACAGAGGACACUGGGUCUUUUCAGCUUGGGUUUAGCUUAGAUGAUGAUUUGUAGCUGUUCUGUGAGAGAAUGUGUACAUGGUUCAUUCACCUUAGGCUGUUAUUAUAAAUCUCACAUUGACUUUAAACAGUAACAGAUUUUUUUGGGGUAUUUUUUUUAAUGUAGGCGUUUUUAUGCCCCUAUCAACACAGUACACAGUUAAGAUAAUUAUAAGGUAGAGGAAUUCUGACCCUGCCUGCCAGAGCCAACCUGGGCUGAGAGGGAUACAGUCCUACCAGAAAAAAA